UAGUAACAACCGCUUCUCUACCUGUUGCUUUCCUUCACUAGUUAGUAGUUUGCAGAAUUACCGUAGAAAACUCCUUCAGAUACAAAAGGAAAACCAAGGCUGCUGAAAACCCCCUUCGUGAAAUCAGCCAUGGCCGCUCUACAGUAUCUGGAGUCUCUACGCAAUGCUCAUCCUGAUCAAGCUGAGUGGUGCAAUUCCCUUGCGGAUCUGUACCAGAAGAAACUCUGGCACCAGCUCACUCUCAAGCUCGAGGAGUUCGUUGCACAGGCCGUCUUCAAGGCUGGUGAUGCUUUGAUACAGUUAUAUCACAAUUUUAUCUGUGAUUUUGAGACCAAAAUUAAUCUUCUCAAGCUUGCACAUUUCGCGGUUAUAGUUUCUCGGCAGUAUAAAGAGAAAGAAGCUGCCAUUAGCUAUCUUGAUGGGGUGAUUGAAAAACUUCAAGCAACAAGAGAACAACGCAAUGAAGAGCCAAUUCUUUACAUUAAGAUGCAAUUAGCUAUAUUCAAGCUUGAACAAGGGGAUAAAAAAGAGUGCAAAAAGCUUUUAGAAGAUGGAAAGAGCACACUAGACAGUAUGACUGAUAUUGAUCCAUCUGUUUAUGCCAUGUAUUAUUGGGUUUCAUCUCAGUACCAUAAGUAUCGCCAAGAAUUCGCAGAGUUCUAUAAAAGUGCUCUUCUUUAUCUAGCAUACACAUCAGUGGAAUCCCUUUCAGAAUCAUUCAGACUGGAUUUGGCAUUUGAUCUUUCCCUUUCUGCGCUUUUGGGAGAUAACAUCUACAACUUCGGAGAACUGCUUGCUCAUCCUAUUAUAAAGAGUCUUCUGGGAACACAAGUUGAGUGGCUAUACUAUAUUCUACAGGCCUUCAACUCUGGUGAUCUAGUCCGAUACCAGGAGUUGUGCCGUGUGCAUUAUGCAUCCCUGAGGGCCCAACCAGCUUUAGUUGAAAAUGAACAGAAGCUAUUGGAAAAGAUUAACAUUCUUUGCUUGAUGGAGAUCAUCUUUAGUCGUCCUUCUGAAGAUCGAACUAUUCCAUUAAGUGUCAUUGCUGACCGCACAAAGCUUUCUGUUGAGGAUGUGGAGCAUCUUCUCAUGAAGAGUCUUUCUGUCCAUCUUAUUGAGGGUAUAAUUGAUCAAGUUGAGGGAACGGUUCAUGUAUCCUGGGUGCAGCCGAGAGUGCUGGGCAUUCCACAAAUCAAAUCCUUGCGCGACCGACUGGAUAAUUGGCUGGAUAAAGUACACACUGCUUUGUUAUCCAUUGAAGCUGAAACACCUGAUCUAGUUGCAUUGUGAUUUUCUAUCACUUUGCUCUUUUGCCGUGUUCUAUAUUCCUCUCUGCUCAUUGUAAGAAUUUCUCAUUCGAAGGGGAAAAACUCGUUGGCAGCAAAACAGAGACUAGUGUAAGUCGCUUUGGCAGUUCAGCCAGUUUUGCUUGCUUUCUUUUCAUAUUGCAAAAUCCUUUUUUCUGGACCAAAUUUGCUGUAAGGAGCAGCUGUGUACUUGACAUUAAACAUGUUGGUUCUGAGAGUGUAAGGCUAGGGAUACAGUGCAUUGAUUGGAAAAAACGUUCAGCUUGGUGUAGUGAACUAAUUUGUAUUGAGACUUUCUUCUUAUUCAUUCGGAUGAUUUCCACCGUGUGGAACUAACUGCAUUUUAUUUUUCA